GACCGCUUCGGAAGGCUCGCUUAUCUGUUUUGUCGACAGAGGUUUUGCUCGAAUUGAGCCAUCGUAAACCUCUGAGAGGGUAGACAUUCGAUACUACUGUAGGACUCGUUCGGCAGGCGACUAACUACGCAGAGAGUCUUGCUCCAGACUGUUUCUGACGUCGCAAGCCGACAUCCAGCGGACAUGGCCGACGGGGGUUCACAUGAAACGCUUCUUGAAAAAGAGCGAUUCAGCUGCAAGACACGGCUGUACCUGGCCGCGUUUUCUGCAUUUAUGUCAUCUAUUUCGUUUGGAUUGACGGUCAGUUAUUCGUCACCGGCACUGCCCAAUAUAAGAAAGAGGCUGCCAAUCAGUGACUCUAGGAACGGCUGGUUCGGUUCUCUGGUCAGCAUCGGAGCUGCUUUUGGAGGAUUGGCCGGAGGGCAGUUGAUGAAUUUCGUGGGCCGGAGAGGCGCCAUGCUCUUCGCGGCUCUGUUAUACGUCGUUGGUUUCCUCCUCAUUGAAGCGACGCUUCUUAUAGAAUUAAUGUUUGUAGGUCGUUUCCUAACAGGGAUCGCGACUGGAAUCUCAGCCGUUGUAGUACCCGUAUUCUUAUCCGAAGUCAGUCCACCGGAUAUACGCGGUUUCAUCAACGCACUCUCCGCAGUUGCCGUUACUUCAGGAGCCUUUCUUGACUUUGUGUUAGGCAAAUGGUUAAACUUUCAGUGGCUCGCGGUGGCCUGUAUGGUACCGUCUGUCAUUCUUGUAUUCUCUAUGCCCUUCGUCGCCGAAACACCGCGAUGGCUGCUGCAAACUGGGAAGUCUGAAGAAGCCAUUGCAGCCCUAAGAUUCUACCAAGGACCUGAUGUUAAGGAGGAGUUCGAUGCAUUAAGCAUAAACGUCGCAAACGUUACAAAAUUUGUUAUACGAGAUUUCAAGCAGCCGUGCGUCUACAAGCCAUUCCUCAUCACGCUUUUAGGAAUGUUCCUGCAGCAGUUCUCGGGGAUCAUGAUCAUGCUUUACUACGCGCAAGACAUCUUCACCACGGCCGAGUCUACAAUCGACGCAGCACUCAGCUCGAUUAUUAUUGGCGGCGUCCAAGUCGCGUCCGUAUCUGUGACAGUUUUCUUCACCGACCGACUAGGAAGGAAAGCGCUCAUGCUAAUCUCUACACUUGUAUCAUGUGUGAGCCUCAUAAUUAUGGGCCUCUUCUAUCACCUUAAAGAAAUUCAUGGUCACAGUUUUGUUGCAUCGUAUGGCUGGCUUCCUUUGGCAGCCCUGUGCCUGUUUAUGUUCGGGUAUUCAGUUGGGCUAGGACCACUGCCGUGGCUGCUCAUGGGGGAGAUGCUGCCAUUGCGUAUCAAAUGCUUUGCAACUGGAUUUUCAACGGCAUUUAACUUCGCCUGCAGUGCUAUCAUCGUCAGUGAGUAUCAUUCAAUGAUAGUAGAAUUAGGGAACGAUGGUAUCUACUGGUUUUACGCAGGUUUCAUGUUAAUUGGGUUUGUGUUAGUGUUGAUGUUUCAGCCAGAGACAAAAGGAAAAACACUGGAAGAGAUAGAGGACCUUUUCAGUCGACAAGGAGUAGUUGCAAAUGAGAGCGAUAAUGAGAGUGUACCGUUCGUGAAUUAGCGGUGUGCGCCUAAAUAUCUUGAUGGGGCCCACUGCAUAAGCAUGUCACGUCAGCUUGUUUUCUUCGAUGUCACAUGCUACUUCCGUUGACCGCGCCAUGCCUGUGCCACACUUCAAAAGUGGUUGUAGCAACACUAGUGCCAUCGGAUGAUGGCAGCUCAGUCUGAACGUGAGCGCGCUCAGCGCGAUUAAACCAGUUGUUCUCCACCAGUCACGGGGUACGGUUGUCAGUCCUUUCCUACGCCAGAUGGUAAAGGGGGGGGGGGGAUAUGUUUAAUGCAAAGAUGGUAAAGGGCAUAACAGUGCGCAGAUCUGCAGGUGAGACGGGUUGUUGACACCUGCGCGCUGAACAUCGUCUUUUUCAACUGUAUGCUCGGUUUGUGAUCGCAUGAAUGAUCUUACGACGCGUAUGUCCAACAUCUGCAGCUUCUCCGCUUUUGGUUGUGUUUCGAACAUGUACAAGACAGCCAUCACACGCAUCUUUAUUUUCAUUAUCACAUUAAAAAUAAUGAGUAGCCUGGCUUUGCGUUCUAUUCGUUGUCAUAUAUCCUUGGAUGCCAAGUCAGGCACGGCUAUGGAGAUGACGGAAGCACUGUAGAAGAUACCUCACUUUCUGGUUCCUUCGGGAUACCUUCGGGUUUAUGGAAAAUAAAUGACAUAUUUAUUUCGA